GACGAUUUGCCUGGCAACUUGCUGGUGAAUCGUUUCGAAUGAGCGAACCUCGGCUCACGAACACUAAUUUCACAUUUGUCUGUGCAUGCUUGGAAUUUGGAUGCGGACUGCGGAGAUGCGUUGUGCCAAAAAGUGGAAUUGCAAUAGAAAUGGUCGCAUGAUGCUAUAGUUAUAACGAUUUGCAUUCUUUUCAGUCCUUAGUUUGCUCUUCCAGUGGCAAGAUGAAUCAGAAUUCUGGAGAACAGCAAAGGGUUAAAGAACCUCAAGAGCUGCAUAAAAAGCAUAUUUGCGAAUAUGCUGGAUGUGGAGCUAGUUUUCAAAGGCCUGGAAGAUUGAAAAUUCAUUACCGGACCCACACAGGAGAGAAGCCGUUUAAGUGUGAUAGGCCUGGAUGUGACAAGUCCUACUCGAGGCGGGAGCAUUUGAGACGCCACCUGGCCUCACAUGAUACCAAAAACUCACCCUCACGUGAGGCAUUCAAGUGCCCGGUGGAGGGCUGCGGCAAGUACCUGAGCUCGCUGGACACGUACCAGAAGCACGGCCGCUCGCACCAGCGCCGCCAGUACGUGUGCUCACACUGCGGCCGCGGCUUCAUCAAGCGACAGCACCUGCGGAUCCACGAGCACGAACACACCGGAGUCAAGCCGUUCAGGUGUUCUCGGGAGGGCUGCGGCCGUGAGUUCCUGCUGCCCAGUCAGCUCCGAGCGCACGAGCGUCACCACGACAAGUACCGCUGUCCAGUGGACGGCUGCGGCCAGCAGCUGGACAGCUGGAAGCAGCUGCUGCAGCACCGCCGACAGCUGCACCCCGCCGGCCGCGAACACACGUGUUCAGAAUGUGACCACAAGUUCCUGAGUAAGUCGGCGCUGCGGAUACACAAACGGGUGCACGGCGAGACGCGCGACAUCUUCCACUGUCCGUACGACGACUGUCCCCGGUAUUACUACUUCAAGAGAAACCUCUCAAAUCACGUGCGGUCCUCUCAUGAGGGUAAAGGUUUCAUUUGUCCAGUGGAAACCUGCAAGAAGAAGCUGUCCUGCAAGAAAAAGCUGGACGACCACGCGCGGUUACACGAUCCGAGCCUCUCGCCGCGCAAACCGAGGAAGAAGCAGCGCGAGCGCCGCGACAAGGGCGUGAAGCGCGGCCCGGCGACGAGCGCGUUCCACCACCUGACGGGGGAGGCGGAGCCGAGCGACGCAGAGACGGCCGAGCCGCCGCCCGCCGUCGACAUCGACCCGACUGAGGUGGACCGUCUGGUGGAGGACGCCGAGCGGCUGGCCUGGCAGUGUGACGCCCCCAGCAGGAAGCAGCCCCAGCUGGCCUUCCUGGGACCGCCGCCGCCGCCGCCGCCUAUCGAGUGGGUCCAGCUGGUGAAAUCUUCCUCAGAGGCAGAGUCGGGAGACGAGUCUGUCCUGCUGCUGCUUUGACAGACGAGUGUUCACCUAUGAGCAAAGAUUGUGACUUUCUGAGCGUCAAAGUGGAGUAGGAGUCUGGGUCUGGGAUGAAGCGGGUGUUGGAGCUCUGGGUAAGAUCCGGGGCUGCCUGGGUGAGCCUACUGCCGGUAGCCUGCUGCCAGGGCCGUCGAGGCCUUAUGUCAUGAGGAAGAGACCGUUAUGGUGCCCACAGCCCGGCGUUUUCAGGCGCCUGGCUCUUAUGGGGAGGGGUCGGAUCACGCAGUAUUUCGGUGGGCAGGCGGGUCUAGUAAAAUGAUUACAACGGUCCAUUAGAGAAGACGCUGUAUCUUAUCGGCCCUGCCCGUGUCAGGAUUUUUCUCGAAGGUUCUUUUUGGGGCACGAUUUCAUAGAGUGGUGUUGGCAAAGAAGACACUUUUUCGUACCUGACAUUUUUGAGACUUUGAAGCAAAGUGCAUGAUGUGACAGUAUUUCUUAUUCGACGUACACCAAAAAUGUUACCGUUUGAAAAUGUUGAAAUAAACAUUGUCGAAAGA